UGUGUGAAUGCCAGCAAUGGUGCGGUCACACGGAAUUUAACAGUUCAGAAUUUUGUGAUUACUGAGCGUUUGAUGGCAAAUAGAGGUGUUUUUAAUAUAACUGAACAGGCCUACUGUUCAAUACAGUCAAACAAGCCUAUUGCUGUAAUGCAGUAUGCUAAAGGACACCUAGUAGAUGAUCGAUCAAAUGAUGAUCGUUCUACAAAAACACUACAAGAUCUUGCUGAUCCAGCCAUGACGUGGGUUCCAUCUGCUGGUCAAUAUCUUAACAGAUACUUGAUAUCGAAUGAUAUCUAUUUAAUCAGUGAGAGUGACCCUUUCUCCAGUAAUGGUGUAUACGUGACAGUGCUACCAGAGUGCUUCAAUGCUAGUGCUAUAUUAAAUAAUGUUACUGCACUUGAGAGUGAUGCUAGUAAAUGGGGUAGAUUUUACUGUGAUGAUCUCAAUGAUAUAUGCGGCUACGGUAUUUCUGUUGACAUACCACAAGGAGAUCAUCUCCUAAGACAUGCUGAUCCAAACUGUGCAUUCGGUGCCAUCUUUUUUGGUUGGGGAGAUCAGAAAGGAUAUGCCUAUCCUGCUGGCUUUGGAAUGAGACCUAUUGCAGAAACUUUUUAUACUAUUGAGCCUCUCAUACCAUCAGCCAGGGAGAGUAGUCUGGGUCCAGUGUCUGUUACAGUGUAUAAAUCUGGUAAUGUUUCUGCUGCUAGUUCAGUUGAAAUCACUACUAUUAUGUCUUCUAGUGCCAAUGCAGCAACAAUUGGUACCGAUUUGCAAACACAGUCUUUAACUGUUAAUUUUGCUGCUGGUCAAACUUCAGCUGUUGCAACUUUCAACUUCAUGAAUGACAAUGAUCCAGAACCAUUUGAAACAUUUUUGGUUGGUUUUGUUGAAGGUCAAGACAUUAAUAUUGGAACACCAUCACAAGCUGAGCUGGGAAUAAUUGAUGAUGACUCUGUCACUAUAAUGUUUGAUCCUGUACCUUACUCUGUCACUGAGGGAGAUAGUAAUGUAACACUUAAUAUCACAUUUGUGACAUCUCAGCCUCUUUUUGGAGCAUCCACUAUUAGAAUAACCAGUAUACCAGCUGCUGGAGACACUAUUCAAGCUACUGCUGGAGUUGAUUAUGUGCCUUUCAAUCAAAUGAUCACUCUACCUGCUGGUUCUACAGGUCAUUAUUAUACUACCACCAUCCUUUCUAAUUCAGAAGCUGAACCACCUGAGCACUUCAGUGCAACUCUAGAGUUUGUUAGUGGAAGCCCACUGAUAGUUACUGGAUCUAAUGCUACUGUAACUAUUAAUGAUGUUGAUGUUCCUACAAUUAGAUUCCGGCCAGUCAUGUAUACUGCUAUAGAGGGUAGGAAUGGUCAAGCUGUUAGUGAAACAAUAAGAGGUGUUACAUCACAGCCUCUAUUAGGAGAAACUACAAUUCGACUAACUGAUGUACCUACUCCUGGAGCUACCAGUCCUGCUACACGAGAUGCUGACUAUAUUGGCUUUACUCGAGAUAUAGUCCUACCUGUCGGGGCAACGGAGUUUUCUUAUAAUGUCACAAUAUUAUCAGAUGAGUCCGUUGAACAAUCUGAAGUGUUUGAUGUAGACUUGUCACAUUUGAGUGGUUCACCGUUAACAGUAGUUGGACCAGACGCUACUGUCACUAUUACUGAUUCUAGCUUUAUAACGUUGAUGUUCAGUGCUCCUGAUUAUUCAGUGCCAGAGAAUGAUGGAAGAGUUACCCUUAACAUCACAGCCUCAGCUCCUGUUACAUCAAAUACUGUCAUUAGUUUGACUUACAUUGAGACUAAUGGUGGAGCAUUAAACGGAAGUGAUUUUGGCCCUGUUCCUGCCACAGUGACAAUCCUAAGUGGGCAGUCCUUGGUUUCAUUCACUGUUGAUAUAACAAAUGAUGUUCUCCCUGAGCCCACUGAGUCCUUUGAUAUUAGAAUGGCUCUACAGUCUGGCCAAUCUAUUGUUGUACCUUCAGGAACUGAUACUGCUACAGUGACCAUUACUGACAGUGACAGGAGCUUAAUCAGUUAUGCUCCAAGAACAGUUUCCAGACGUGAAGAAAACAGCCCAGCUCCACUGACGAUAACUGUUGCACCACCAUAUUUCGAAACGUUUCAGUUUGAGUCUUUCAGUGUCCAGUUCAGUGAUCGGAAUAGUUUAGCCCAAGCUGGCGUUGAUUAUAUUUCAUUCAACGACUCACUGACUGCCGUAAAUGGAUUGGGUCCUAUAUCACAUUCUGUGGUACUGCUAGAUGAUGAGAUAAUGGAACCCGAUGAAGAUUUUGGCAUCAGACUGAACGUGUUGGGUAACGUUAGGGUUGACGUGGCCUCAACUGUCGAAUUAGCCAAAGUUAUCAUUUUGGAUACUGAUAGGAUCAGUAUCGGUUUCCAGAGACCAUUAUAUGUGACUGUUGAACCAGAGACCAGUAACAAUCCAGUUGUAAUAAUUGCUGAAACUAGAGGAACUUCUGCAAGACCAUUCUCUGUCAAUGUGGAAUUCACUGAUGAUUCUGCCAUUGGUGGUGGUGAAGAUUAUGAUGAAAGGCACCCCUCAACAAUUUCUGCCUCGUUUGAAGCUGGCACUAACAGAAAUGCUACCAUCAGAGCUAAUGUUUUGUCUGAUGAUAUUGAUGAGUUUACAGAGCGAUUCAAUUUGUCACUGGCCUUUGGUACAAAUGAUCCAUUUGUUAACAGAAUCGAUUUCUUCAGAAAAGACACCAUUGUAGAGAUCCUUGAUAGCGACACCGUCACAUUCUUUGUUAAUACAAGUGUAAGUACUACGUCAGUCCCUGAGGAUCAAGAUGCCAUGAUCUGUGUACAGAGGAAUGGAAGAACUGAUCGCAACUACACAGUGACCAUACAACCAAGCCUUAUUUCUGGUGGAGCCCAAUCAUCUGACUUCUCUACUGCUCCGAUAAUGUUCCUAUUCAGGCCGACUGAUACCCAGGUAUGUCGCUCUGUCCCAGUGGUCGAUGAUGAUAUUGCGCUGGAGGGAAACGAGAACUUCUCCGUUAGUGUAACGGGUACAUCACCAGGAGUUGAUGGAACACCUGAAGAAACAACAACUACCACCACUGCAGUUAUUACUAUAAUUGAUAAUGAUGUUUCUAUGGUAUUCUUUGAAAGUCCACGUUACACUGGUGAAGAGGGAGAGACUCCUAAAGUAUGUCUGAACCUUACUAAACCAAUAGCAAGACCAGCAGCAGUAUCAGUAACAUCAAGUAAUGGAGCACCAGGACUUGAUCCAGCAGAAUCUACUGACUAUAGUGGUGUUCCCAGUACAGUAACAUUUACCAAUACCUCACAGCAGCAGUGCUUUGAUGUUAGAUACAAUGCUGAUACAAUUUAUGAGGCUACAGAAGGUGCCACAUUAACUGCUGACCCUGGCACUACUGGUCUGCAGCCUGGAACCCCAAUAUCAGCAGUACUUGAAAUACACGACUCUAAUACUCCCACUUUCAUUGGUGAAGGUAACAUGACUGGUUCUGGUAUGAAUGUUACUGUACGAGAGAAUGAGACUGCUAUUGUCUGUGUUAGCCUCUCUGGAUCUGAGACUACCUCCACUGAAGUAGCCAUUAAUCUCACUUUAACCCCAAUGCAAAAGCCUGGAGCACCAGACCCAGCAGAACCUGAGGAUUAUGUCAGUACACCAAAGACAGUUACAAUAUCUCCUGGGCAAACGAGAGCCUGUACUCAAAUUGAAGUGGUACAGGACACCAUUGAUAAUGAGAAUGAUGAGCAGUUUUGCGUUAACAUAACGUCAGACAAUCCUGUGAUUAGGUACCAGCCACCAGAGUGUCAAAUAAUGGUCACCAUCAUUGACAAUAUACGUUGCAUCUCAUACAGAUCUGACAUUAUGAUUGUUCUUGAUGAAUCUAGAAGUAUCACCCCUGAGAGUAAUUACAUCCUCCUGAAAAAUUUCGUGUUAAAUUUGACCCGUCAAUUUCCUAUCAGUGAGACACAGACACACAUAGGGCUGGUUCGAUUCAGCACAGAGUCAAGAACUCGAGUUAUCAUUCAACUUACUGAAUUUUUUGAUGGAGAUGCAUUGAGAAAUAGAAUCGACAGCGAGUUAAACCCAAGCGAUGAUAGACGUGGAGGAGAAACCCGCCACAAUCUAGCCAUGAUGGAAGCUCAUGACGAGUUUCAUGCAAGAGGUAGAAGUGACGUUCGUCAAGUUAUUAUGUUGCUCACUGAUGGUGAACCCGAUCCUUCAUCGGCUAGUGCUAGAGAAAUAUCUGCUGAGAUACGUGCUGACGGCAUUGAUAUAUAUGGGGUCUUCAUUGGUAGCGACCAGGAUGGAAUAAACGAGAUUAGAAAUAUAUCUACUCGGGGUAGAGCUUUUCCGGUAAAUGAUUUCAACGCUUUGACUGAUGUCUUGGAUGAUCUUAUUAGAGAUGAGUGUGAAAGUGUUGCUGUAACGUUUACUACUAGUGAUGUAGUUGUUCAUGAGAGUGAAGGUCAAGUUAAGGUCUGCAUUGAAAAGAGUGCCCAAGCUAGUCAAGAUGUCAACCUUACCCUAACUGCAAAACAGCGUAACACACCACCCGUCUUACCUAAUGACGCUAGAGUUGGUUCAGAUUUCCCUGCUGACACGCAAAAUGUUAUAUUCCCCCGAAAUGCCACAAAGUUGUGCUACAAUUUCAUUAUCGACGAUGAUAAUAUCGGUGAACCGAACGAAGUCUUCCAAGUAAUGUUGAUGAUUCUGAGUCCGCCUGAAGUGGCGACUGCACCUGAACCAACGGCCAAUAUCACCAUAAUAGAUGACGACGUUAACGUGCUUGAGUUUACUUCUAAUGAUUACUGCAUUGAGGAGGACAAAGGCAGUGUAACAGUCUGCGUCACGAAGAGCCGUGUCACAGAGUAUAAUUUCACCAUUGAAAUUGACGCCUUUGAGAGCACUCCACAAUCAGCUAGAAAUGGUUUGUUUCCAUUGGGUGACUUUUUUGGCGGUAAAAGACAACUAACAUUCCCCAAGGAUAGUUCACAAGUUUGCGCCAGCUAUGAAAUAUUCAUUGAGCCAACAGGCUCUGCACCUGAAACCAACGAAACAUUUGAUGUCUCUUUUACAGCUAGCGGACUACUUGGUGGCAAUAGGACUACAGCCACUGGCCGAUCCAUGGUGACAAUUAAAGAUUCUGAAACUAUAAUAUUCAUUCAACCCCCUAUGCCCGGUACUGAUGGAUUAGACGUCCCAGAGAGCAAGGGAAAUGUGACCGUUUGCGUUAGCAGGAACUUCACAACAUCAUUUGAUGUUAUGCUAACAUUCAUUCCAAUGAUGAGUGCUGCUCAGGACAAUACAGCUACCCCUGGGGAUGAUUUUCCAUUGCGUAACAAGACCGUUAACUUUUUUGGAAACAUGACGAGAGCAUGUGCCACAAUAGACAUCACUGAUGACGAUCUCCUGGAGAAGAAUGAGACUUUCAGUGUCAUGAUAUUAGUACCUGGUCACUCACCAGAAACAUUGACUGCUAAUAUUACCAUUAUUGAUGAUGACACUGCUGACUUAGUCUUUGGUAGUGCUACUUACUAUUAUACUGAGGAUGAUGGAACAGGUCGUGUUUGUGUCAAUACAACUAAACCACUGAGUGUUAAUGCUAAUAUCAGAUUAAUCACUACAAGUACUGGCAAUCCUGGCGAUCCAGCAGCUACUGCAACACCUAAUAGUGACUACACUCCAGUUAAUGAGAAUAAAACUCUCCAUAUGGGUCAAACUAGUGUCUGCUAUGACAUUCCAAUAACUAAAGAUACUCAGAGAGAGCCUCAAGAAUUUUUCUAUGGACGCUUUGAACUUGAACCCUCUUCAUCAGCCGAAUUGCAACGUUGCUUUGGGUCUAGGCUCACCAUUAGAUCAAGCGAACGUGCUAGAGUUUUCAUUAACGACACUUCAGACACAAUUUGUAGAAAUAUUGUCUCAGAUCUUGUCAUACUAAUAGAUGAGUCUACUAGUAUUAAUCCUCCUGAUUUCGACCUUGAGAAGCAGUUUGCAGCUGAUCUAGUAGAGCAGUUCCCAGUUAGCCAAGAUGGUACACAUGUCUCUGUCAUCAGAUUUAGUAAUAUUGAGCGUACACAAGUCAUAUCUCACCUGGGUGAUGUUACUGACACUGCUACACUGCGACAAAUCAUACUAGCUAUCAGUAAUAAUGACUCUUUCAAUGGUAGAGGCACAUUUACUCAUCACAAAGAUGCCAUGAUGCUAGCUAGACAACAGUUCAAUGACAGAGGGAGAGAAGGAGCUAGUAAAGUUGUAGUGUUGAUAACAGAUGGUGUUCCUAACGAUGAGACAUCCGGGAUUUUAGGAGACAAAUCACCACAAUCUGCUAUUGGUGAGGCAACUGCUGCAAGGAAUGAAGGAGUUGAUAUAUUCUGUGUUGGAGUCUUCUUACCCGGUGGUAGUCUAGUGGCAAAUGCUAGUAGGGAAUUGGAUGCUCUUGCUGGAGAUCCUGGUAGAGUGAGUCUUGUGGAUAAUUUUAAUGCACUUAACAGCACAUUGACUGAGGUGAUCACUGGAGAGAUAUGCGAGGAUGAGUGUAGAAAUGUCGUUUCUGAUCUUGCUAUACUAAUAGAUGAGUCUACUAGUAUUAGUCCUGAUGAUUUCAACCUUGAGAAGCAGUUUGCAGCUGAUCUAGUACAGCAGUUCCCAGUUAGCCAAGAUGGUACACAUGUCUCUGUCAUCAGAUUUAGUAAUAUUGCACGUACACAAGUCAUAUCUCACCUGGGUGAUGUUACUGACACUGCUACACUGCGACAAAUCAUACUAGCUAUCAGUAAUAAUGACUCUUUCAAUGGUAGAGGCACAUUUACUCAUCACAAAGAUGCCAUGAUACUAGCUAGACAACAGUUCAAUGACAGAGGGAGAGAAGGAGCUAGUAAAGUUGUAGUGUUGAUAACAGAUGGUGUUCCUAACGAUGAGACAUCCGGGAUUUUAGGAGACAAAUCACCACAAUCUGCUAUUGGUGAGGCAACUGCUGCAAGGAAUCAAGGAGUUGAUAUAUUCUGUGUUGGAGUCUUCUUACCCGGUGGUAGUCUAGUGGCAAAUGCUAGUAGGGAAUUGAAUGCUCUUGCUGGAGAUCCUGGUAGAGUGAGUCUUGUGGAUAAUUUUAAUGCACUUAACAGCACAUUGACUAAUCUCAUCUCUGGAAGAAUAUGCGCCAAUGAAACUGGACCUCCACAAUGUAUCCUGAGGGAGCCACUCGAGGUUGUUCCCUUCCAUCCUGCUGGAAAUUCAAGUGCUUCCUACAACUUCCGCCAAAUGUGCGAGCACAUCAUCGCCAAGCCUUGCAACAAUGACAGCUACGUGAUAGUUGGUGACUUCCUUGCAGAGAACUUGACUAUGGGACGGGUUGGCAUACAGACUAGGGAUGGCAGAUACGUUAUAAUUGAUGAAGGUUUACGCACUCGUAACUCUACCCCAGCACCAAGCAGUGUGACUAUAAGUUCCGAAAUGAGUGGAAAUGAAAUUGUUAAAGUCACUCUUUCGUACAAUAAUAAUGAAGCUGUCAUAGUGCGAGAUAGAAGCAUGAUCAUGAUAAGUAUCAGAUCCGGUGAGAUCUGUGGUCUCUGUGGUGAUCUCAACGGUAAUCUCUACUCUUCAGACGGAAUGAGACUGGAUGACGUUAUGAAUCAAACUAAAGUAAACUCUUUUGCCAGCAGCUGGCAGAGGGCACCUAGUCAACAGAUACUGAGAGAUGACAGGAGAGAGUGUGCUGUCAUCAAGAAUGAUACCGUGAUUGGUGAUCCAUUAUUUGAAGCUGCUUUGUGGGUUGGAAACACCACCUGCCAAUACUCGCUCUGUUACGAGAUACACGGUUCCUCAGAUCAGCACUAUAACCUCCUCUCUGACCUCUGUGUCUCUGUCAAUGCCUACUAUACACCAAUGCGCAAUCCGGACGACGGAAACAUCAUCAGUGCCAUUGGUAUAAGGGCAUCAGACGACAACGAACAAUGUCACCUCAUCAAUAUUGUCCAGGACCAGACGACCGGAUUCUGUGUGACAACGGUUAACAGUGGUGCGCCUCUUGUUGUUGGUGAUACUGGUUUCCAGGAUGAUAGCGUUAGCGUGAGACAGAGGAUGGCGACACGUGUUCGUAUCGGAGUUCCUAACUGUGAGAGGAUCCCUCUGGUCAUGUGGGUCACUUGUCAGAACAUGAGCGGGGAGCUGAUGAUGAGGUUUGAUAUAUCUCGUGGUGUCAAUCUGCGUCCAUCAUCUCAUGGAUUGUUAGGUCAAUUCUAUAACAUCAGGAUGCAAGCUCAGCGCUUCACUGACCAAUCAGUGAUAAACAUGUUGGAUCAAAACUACUUUGAUAUCAACAAUCUCUGGGUUAUAACAGUCACCCCUCCUACCGGAAACACUCGUAACUUUGUUGCUGAGCUGUAUGAGAGGGCCUGGGACAACUCUCGCUCUCCUUGUCUGUAUGCAGGAAACUCUCAGGGUGGCCAUUCGAUAGAGUUUGCCGCUAAUUACACUGAUUCUGUCAUUGAAGGCCACUACACUCACUAUAGAGUGAGCGAUCGUUUUGAUACCCAGUUCCGAUAUGAGAAAUUUGACAGUAGCAGAUGCAAUUAGUAACACCUACCGCUCUCGUUUGCUAAAAAUAUAACUGAUUGUUGUAGCUUUUAGUGAAUAUUGUUAUUGUUGUUGUUAUUAUUAUUUAGAGAUAUGCUUGAUAUUUAGAAACUUUGUUACUAUACUUUUGUAUCUUUUAUAAUGCUUUUUGUAUCUUUUAUACUUGUAGCUGUCAGUCCCAUUUAUUAAUUGUUUCAAGAAAAAAUUAAAAAAUAA